AUGAGUGGAUGCAAAAAACUCUUGCACGAAGUUUUAAAUGAUAUUUCAAAUAGUGGUUGCAAAACACCUGAGCAUGAGCUUUCAAGUAUCACCUAUCUUUUCCGUUGGAUUAUACCAAUUGUACGACCUGCUGGUGCUUCAUUGUUUCAACAAACACAUUUUUAUACGACAUAUGAAGCAUUUGCUUACGAAUGGACGAUCAACUUCAUAGGAUCACCACAAUGGCCUGAAAUGAAAACGGUCUGGAGAUUAUUUGUCGAUCACUGCAAAGUAUUUACCCAACCAACUCCAUUAGCAGUAGUAUUUAAGUUGCAGCUGAUGAAAGGUGAAGAAUGUUCACCACAAAUUGUCUCAGUGCCGGAUUCAUAUCAUUCGACAUUUUUUUCGAGCGGGAAUUAUCGCCUUUUUGAAGGGAAUCCGCUACUCACUUCACUGUCAGAAGCUUUUAAUAUACACUCACGGUGGCAUGGUGGUCGUGCAAUGCUUACUGUAGAAAUGAGUUUUUCUGCUAGCGAUUUCCGAAUACAAAUCAAUAAAACUUUACCAGUACAAUCAUUGCUCAAAGAUUGCGAUUUUCGCAGAAAGCUUAAAGAUAUUUAUCAAAAUAUUGAGCCAGAUUUCAUAUUCAAAACGCUGGAUGGUGACAUCCAUUCAUACAAAAGUUUAUUAUACAUAUCAUCACCAUAUUUCCGCGAUUUAUUAAACUCCGAUAAUAUUAUAUUAAAUCAAAUUACUCUUAAUUAUAAUCGUGAAGCUGUUCUACAGACCUUAUCCUAUAUGAUCUUUGGUGUAUUUGAAUCAUCCAAAAUAGUUGAUCCAGAAUUAAUAUCGCAAAUGUUAAAAUGUGCCAAACAAUUUCAAUUACGAUUGACACAAUUUGAUGAUGAUAUUGGACGAGUGUUAAUAUUUCAACUUUUAAACAAUUUGGAUAAUUUGGAUGGAAUAAUUAAAAUCUUAUCGUUAACACAUCGACAACAAUCAUAUUAUCAAGUGAAACGUAUGUGUAUUGCAAUGAUUGUUGAGAAGCAUUACUGGAAAUUUGUCAAAGAAUACAAUAGUAAUGCAAUUGGUGAAAAACUGGAUAUUUUUGAACUUUUAUCAACAGCAAUAGUGCCAAGUUUAUCACCAAUUAAUCGUAUACAUACCAUAUAUCGAGGUGGUGCGACAUGUCAACGAAUAUUACAUUAUAAGAAAUUUGGCUGUGAAUAA